AUGUCUCCGGUGCAAGUAUUGGUUGUAUUUUCAAUGAUGAUUAUUAUUAAUCAGGCAGCAACAUUGAAGUACGAGAAUCAACCAUCAGGCGCAGCUGGUUAUGAUGCUGAUAAAAUGGCAUAUGAAAUAUUAAACAACAAGACAUAUAUUUCAAAUGGCAAUUUUUCUGGAACUACAAGUCCAUAUUAUUAUAAUGCUACAGAUUUUCUUGAAAAUAUCGAUUAUUCUGAAAUUAAUUUAACCGAUAUUUUUGAAUUUAUCAACAAUUCAAAUGAAACUGCUUUACCCGUCUUGAAAAGCGGUGCUGUUACAAAUAUUUUGAUGGACAUUGCAGAAGAUUCGGCGAAAACAUUUGCGAAAGAAUUAUCCUCAGCUUUUGGAAAAUUAAUAGCUAACUUAUUUAAUUAA